AUGGAUGGAAUGAAUGUGGACGUCAGCAAAGAUGCGAGGAAGGUGGCGGAACUAGAAGUCCAGCAUCCAAGCACGGGGCGGGGGGAGCAGUGCGAGUACCCACCGGCUUUGGCACUGAUGGACAGCAAUGACCCACGCGCCUGGCUGGCUCCCGUGCAGCCUGGCACCUGCUCGGCACACGCCGAAUACCUGCUGCACUCGCCCGGCUCGAGCGCGGAAGGCGUGUCUCCUGCGUCGGUCCGCAGCUCAAACUUCAGAAAGAGCAGCAAGAGUCCUGUCAAAGUGCGCGAGCUGUGCCGGCUCAAGGGAUCCGUCGGAGCGGAUGAGGGCAGGCAGCGGGCGCCAUCCGGCAAACCAAUAAAUGUCGUGCAGAAGCAGAGACGCAUAGCGGCCAACGCGCGGGAAAGGCGGCGAAUGCAUGGACUGAAUCACGCUUUUGACGAGCUGCGCAGCGUUAUCCCGUCUUUCGACAACGAGAAGAAGCUAUCCAAAUACGAGACCCUGCAGAUGGCGCAAAUCUACAUCAACGCCCUCUCAGACUUGCUGCAAGGUCCCGGUGCUAAAGCCGACGCGCAAAACUGUGACCUGUUGCCCGCCAGUGUUUAUGACGGGGAUCACUCUCCCCGGGGAUCACCGAGCACCUGUCGGAGGGGCGCAGGUGCGAGCUUUCCCGUUCCGCUUACCGGGCUGCCGUUUCAGUACGAGGACGCAGCUUUCGCCUCUCUGAUGGAGCAGGACUUGCAGUCUCCCUCUGGGGCGAGCAAGUCGGGCUCUGAGCGCAGCAAAGACUCGCCGCGGUCGAACCGAAGCGACGGAGAGUUUUCCCCGCACUCACACUUCAGCGAUUCCGACGAAGCGCACGUGGAGCUGCAGAGCGAAGACGAGCUCUCCGAGCUGAGGCUGAACGGCCGCCGCGCGUUUUAG